AUGCAUCUUCUGAAGGCUCAGGCACAGAUCUCUGAGUGGAAGUUCCUCCCAUCCUUGGUCCACUUGCACAAUGCUCAUACAAAGCUACAGACAUGGGGACAGAUUUUUGAGAAGCAGCGGGAAACAAAGAAACAUCUCUUUGGUGGCCAGUCUCAGAAAGCUGUUCAACCUCCACACCUUUUCCUGUGGCUAAUGAAGCUCAAAAAUAUCCUCCUUGCGAAAUUUAGCUUUUACUUUCAUGAGGCACUUAGUCGACAAACAACCUUAUCUGAAAUGAAAACUUUGACUGCAAAAGCUAAUCCUGAUUAUUUUGGGAAAAUCUCCAGUUUCAUCAGGAAAUACGAUGCUGUUAAUGUUUCAUUAAUCUUUGACAAUCGUGGCUCAGAGAGCUUUCAGGGACAUGGUUAUCAUCACCCGCAAUCCUACAGGGAAGCCCCAAAGGGUGUAGACCAGUAUCCAGCAGUGGUAUCUCUGCCCAGUGACCGGCCUGUCAUGCAUUGGCCUAAUGUCAUUAUGAUCAUGACUGACAGAGCUUCUGAACUAAAUACUUUGGAAAAGGUUGUCCAUUUCUAUGAUGACAAAGUUCAGAGCACGUAUUUCUUAACCCGACCUGAACCUCAUUUUACCAUUGUGGUUAUUUUUGAAUCCAAAAAGUCUGAGAGAGACUCUCAUUUUAUCUCUUUCCUCAAUGAAACUUCCUAUUCUCUUAAGAACUCUAAAGCUUUUGCAAGCCUGAAACCUGGAUCCAAAGGAUAAGAAUACUAACUAUUAAGACAAGAUAGACAACGACAAUGAAAAAAUAGCAUUUCCUCUGUGAAUGGCAUACGUAUGGAAAUCAAUACAGACACAAGGUCAUGGGAAAGAGCAUAA